UCUCAUUUAUUUCUAUUCUUUUGUUUGGUGGAGAAAAUCCGAAAAUCUUACCAUUACAUAGUUUACCAAGUCCUCAGAAAAAAAGAGAGAUUAAAUUCACAUUUAUUUCUACAAAUAGAGGGCUUUAAAAGCCGCAUGAAAUCUAAGCAAUUACAAUAGCCCUUUGCUUAAGGUACCCAGAGUGGAUUGCUGCUCUUUCUUCGAAUUUUAAUGUGUUUUUAUUAUAUCUUGGGGGACAGGGAAUAUUAAGUAAAAAUAGCCAAAAGUAGUGUGUGUAAUGCAAUAAAAUGUCUUCCAAAAGUGAACUUCUAAAGUUAUCUGAAGAGUCACUGCUACAGCCUCCGGAAAAGGUCUUUGACAUCAUAUGCAAAUUAGGCGAAGGCAGUUAUGGCUCGGUCUACAAAGCUCUGCACAAAGAAAGCACUAGUAUUGUGGCCAUCAAACUGGUGCCGGUUGAAUCCGAUCUACACGAUAUCAUCAAGGAGAUAUCUAUAAUGCAACAAUGUGACUCGCCUUAUGUGGUGCGAUACUAUGGUUCGUAUUUUAAACAAUAUGAUCUGUGGAUCUGUAUGGAAUACUGUGGUGCUGGUAGUGUAUCGGAUAUUAUGAGACUGCGUAAGAAAACUUUAACUGAGGAUGAAAUUUCGACAAUUUUAUCGGAUACUCUUAAGGGACUGGUCUAUUUACAUUUACGAAGGAAGAUACAUCGUGACAUCAAGGCUGGAAACAUACUGCUCAAUACAGAGGGCUAUGCCAAAUUGGCCGAUUUUGGUGUAGCUGGUCAAUUGACCGAUACCAUGGCAAAAAGGAACACUGUGAUUGGCACACCCUUUUGGAUGGCUCCCGAAGUUAUUGAAGAAAUUGGUUAUGAUUGUGUUGCGGACAUUUGGUCUUUGGGUAUAACAGCUCUUGAAAUGGCAGAGGGAAAGCCUCCAUAUGGCGAUAUACACCCCAUGCGUGCUAUAUUCAUGAUUCCACAAAAACCGCCGCCAUCAUUUCGUGAACCCGAUCGUUGGAGCACAGAAUUUAUCGAUUUUGUUAGCCUGUGUUUGGUUAAAAAUCCUGAAGAACGUGCCACUGCCUCCGAUUUAUUGGAACAUGAAUUUAUACGCAAUGCCAAGCAUCGUAGCAUUCUAAGGCCAAUGAUAGAAGAGACCUGUGCCAUUAGAGAACAACAAAGAAAUUCGAGAACAACUGGCAGUUCAGUGGCGAAAAGUUUGGCCACACAACAGGAAGAUAUCUUGCCGGAAGAGGAGCAAGGUGAAUUUGCAUUGGAAACAGUUAAAACGUUUAUUGAUGAUCCAGGCACUUUGGUGCCAGAGAAAUUUGGCGAAUACCAACAAAGCUCAAAUGCCUUGGAAGCCGAAGAUAUGGGAACAUUGUGUCCAGGCAAGGGAGGAAUUUCGGCAAAUAAGUCACAAGAUGUUGGAGACAUGACAGCUGUUGAUAGCGGAACAAUGGUUGAAUUGGAAUCGAAUUUGGGUACCAUGGUCAUUAACUCCGACUCGGAUGAUUCGUCAACAGCUAAACGUAAUGACUGCGCCAAGCCCCGUUAUCGCCCACAGUUCCUUGAUCAUUUCGAGCGUAAAAAUCCCGAAAUACAACAGCAACGCUCGACGGUUGAGGACAAAACCACCGAAUAUUCGCCAGCUGCAGCACAUGUAGCGGCCUUAGCGGCACAACAGUCACAUGUAAAUAAUCACAAUCUCCUUAAUCAUGCACAACAGUCGCAAAACACACCCCUCUCGAAUGCCAAUUCCAAUGAUUCAAAUUGGGAAAACAACAUGGAAAAACAAUUUCAGCAAAUCUCUGCUAUUAAUCAGUAUGGUUUGCAGCAGCAUCAGCAACACCUGCAGCAACAACAACAGAUGCAGGCCUAUUAUGGCAAUGCCAUGGUCAAUGAACAGCAGCAACAUAUAUUAGCUUUAAACCAACAACAACAACAACAACAGCAACAACUUAUGCAACCACCACCUGCCUAUUCCCAACAACAGCAGCAGCAACCACCCCAACCUCCUGGCCAUCUUCAUCUACACACUCAGUCCCAUUCGUAUGUCGAUGGAGAGUUUGAAUUUUUAAAAUUCCUCACAUUUGAUGAUUUGAAUCAACGUCUCAACAACAUCGAUUCGGAAAUGGAAAAAGAAAUCGAAGAACUCAACAAGAAAUACAAUGCCAAGCGCCAGCCAAUAGUGGAUGCAAUGAAUGCCAAACGUAAACGUCAACAGAAUAUUAAUAAUAAUUUAAUUAAAAUUUAAUGUUAAACAAUAACAACAACACACAACACCACAUCAUUUGCCGAUCAAUCGAUCGUCACAAUCAACAAAGAAUCGAAGAGAAAAAUAACCAAAAGAAAAAACUUUAAAAAUGGGCAUCAACGUCAGUCAGUGUCCCCCCCCCCCCCCCUGCUGGGUGUCGACCGAAAUAGCAUAUUGUUGUUGUUAUUGUUCUGCUGUGAUGGUGGGUGUUUGAUGUUUGUAAAAAAAAGUGGUGUAACGGCAACAAAGAGGGUGCAUGCAUAAGUAGUGCUGUGUGGUAUCUUUUAUGCGAGAGCGUGAGUGUAAGCAAAAAAAGAAACAAUAAUCCAUAAUUAACGAUUUUUAAAACACCUUUUUUUUAACAGAAUAUUAUAAAAACAAGUAGACAACACAGAAAAUGUUCUUACCCUUUUUAAUAAAUCCGAAUGAGAAUUUCAAGAGUACGAAAAAUACGAGAGAGAGAGAGAGAAAAAGAUUGGCAAUAUGUUUUUCAAAAAUUGAAAAAAAGGUUGCAAUUUUAUACAAAAACCGAAAGAUAUUAAAUUUUAAUUUCAUUUGUAACAUUUUUAAAACAAUAGAAAAAAUUAAUUUGUUUUAGGUGUAAAGGUAUGAAAAGAAACAUAUCUCAAUCUUUUGUUUUAGUUUCUCAAGAUGUAUAAUGAAUCGAACAAGUGUGAUUAGAGAUGGAAUUUUGAAAUAAGAACAGUAGAAAAUGGUUCCCGAGGGCUUUGGAAAUUUCUCAAACUCUUGGAAACACUCUUUUACAAAGAAAAUUUUGUAUAGAAUCUAAAAAUUAUGGCAAUUCAAAUUUAAAACAACAAAAAGCGUGCUAAGUUCAACCGGGACGAAUCUUAUAUACCCUCCAUCUUGGAUCGCGUUUGUCAAGUUAUUUGCUCAGUAUCCCUAUGCAGGCAAAACAAGUUCUCUGGAUGGUUUCUCUUUAUAGGCAAAAACUAAGAAAAGAUAAUGGGAGUUCAUAACAAGAAUGUUUAUAUGUUUGAAUAAGGACCCCCGCCCUCUAGGGCUCAUGAAGUAUAUUCGGGAGAUCGGUUUACAUGGGAGCUUGUUAAGGAUAUCCAAGAAUCGAUAAAAAAACGCAGAAUAUACAAAAAUAUUUGAACACGUCUUUAUUGAAUAGGCUUUACGAAGAGAAUGAAAAAAUCUGUAUUAUAUUCAAUAUACAUACAUAUUUUUUUCUACAAUGAAUGCAAAGCCUACAUAUAGGAAAUAUUAUUUUAAUAAACAAAGUUUUUCAUUAGCAAGUAAUUUCAACACUUCCCCUUAAUGAAAAAAUAUUUAUGUUUUUACUGCAAUCCCAACUUCCCACUUAAAUUUUGAUUCUUCACCUUUGUUAGUGAUUUUGUCAAAAUAUCGGCAGUGUUUUCAUUGGAUGAAACAUAUUUUAAGUCAAGCUUUCCUUCUUUAUAAACAUCCCUUAUGUGAUGCACUUUGAUGUCAAUAUGCUUACUUCUUGAAUGAUAGACUGGAUUUCUGACAAGCUGUUGGGACCCAAUAUUAUCUCCAUAUAGUGUAAUUGCAUUUUUUACUAGUCUUGAAAAUCCGAUUUCGGUCAAAAGAUUUCGGAUAUAGAUUAUUUCCUUAGCAGCUGAGGAUAAUGCCAUAUAUUCUGCCUCAGUGCUACUCAGAGCAACGGUUUGCUGUUUCUUAGAUUCGUACAUUACAGCACCUCCGGCCAAUAUAAAGACGAAACCUGUGAAAGACUUCCUGUCAUCUGAUCCUCCUGCCCAGUCAGCAUCAGCGAAUCCAUGCAAUGGUUUACCACUACACUUGUAUUGCAGGCUCAAAUUGGAAGUUGCAUUUAAAUACCUCAUGACAUGGUGACAUCCAUUCAAAUGCUCGAUAUGUGGAUCAUUGUUGAACUGUGAUAAUUUAGUAACGGCAUGAAGUAUAUCUGGUCUAGUACAAAGUCCAAUAUACAUCAAAGAACCUAUAAGAGAUUGAAACAUUUUUGCAUCAACCUUCUUACAUUUGAUAACAGGUUCAUUUUCAGGCCUGUCGACAAGUUUCCAGGUGCCUUUUUGGAUCAUGGAAUCAUAUUCCGCCUUCAUUGAUUCAAGCCAUAGAUCGCGGUCAUUUCGGUGUUCGAGUUCAUUAACUGAUUUCGGAAUUUCAACAUUUUCAUUUCUUAUGAAGUUAUUUUCAAUCCGUCUUCCAGAUCGUAAAACUUUUACAUUUGCUUCACAAGUUCUUGUUUCUUCAAUUGGUUGGUCUUCAGGCUCAACAGCAGAUUCAUGCAUUAUAACACUUUCCACUUGGUCAGUUUCUGGACUUUCAUUUGCUUCCUCAAUUGAAUUAUCCUGGAUUUGCUGACUUGAAUUAGAUACAAUAAGUACGGGCAGAUUUUCUUCUUCAGUUGUUUUAAGGGUUUCAAAUACAUCACAUUUUUCUUUUGUACUUUUCUGGGACUCUUCGAAGAAUUUAACAUCACGGCUUUUGUACAUAUUCUUCGUUUUUGGGUCAAAUAAACGAUACGCUUUCGAUUCAGAACAGUACCCUACAAGUAUGCAUUCGAGCCCUUUUGCUCGAAAUUUAGUGUUUCCAGGUCUCUUAUUCAACCUGAUUGCCUUACAGCCAAAAGUUUUAAUAUGAGCAACGGUAGGUUUCUUACCACUCCAGCGUUCCAUAGGCGUUAUUCCUUCCACGGCUACAGUUGGACUUCGAUUUCUUAAAUAAACUGAUGUAGCAAUCGCUUCGGCCCACAAAGACUCAUCCAAUCCAGAUUCUAUAAGAAGACAUCGCGCCAUCUCAACCACAGUUCUAUUGGCUCUUUCUGCCACUCCAUUCUGUUGAGGCGUAUAUUCGACCGUCAACUGUCGUUGAACUCCAAGUUUCUCGAGACAUGUUGAAUAUUUGGUACUCAAAUACUCACGACCAUUGUCACUGCGGAUUACUUUUAACUUUUUUCCGGUUUGUCGUUCUGCCAUUGAUAAAAAACUUACAAAGGCGUUAUAGAUAUCUCCUUUGUGCUUCAAAAAAUAGACAAACAUCAUCCUCGAGUAGUCGUCUAUGAACAACGCAAAAUAUCGGGAACCACCAACAGAUGUAACACUCAUUGGUCCACAUAUGUCUGUAUGCACUAAUUCAAGGACAUCUUUUGAUGCUCUUCCGACCUUUUUUGGAAACGGUUCCGCAUGAAUUUUACCCUUACAGCAGACUGUGCAUUCUAAUUUUGGAGAUACUUGUUUCAGAUUUAAGCCAUAGACCAUAUUUUGUUUUACCAGUUCCUUCAAACUUUGUAUAUUUAAGUGCCCAUAACGUUUAUGCCAAAGCGAGGUAUCGUUAUUUAGUAAUUUGGCACACAUUUGAGACUCAUCCGUAGUUUGGUAGAUGUAAAGUUGAUCUUGCUUUCUUCCAAUCAGCAAAUCGGUGUCCCCAUCUUGAACAAUCACAACGUCUGUUUCGAAGUUCACAGACAGUUUUGCUUCCGUCAAUUUUGCCACCGAUAAAAAAUUGAACUUUAGUUUUGGUACAUACAGUACGUUACGCAAACAUACGUUUUGAUCAUUUGUUUUCAAAUAUACUUGCCCGAUUCCUUCAGAGUAAAUAUAGAAAUUAGCUGCUAACUCGAUUCUCUCCCGAUGCUUUUUCAGCUCAUGAAAAACUUUCUUGUCACAACUCAUGUGACUGGUGCAACCGCUAUCAAAUACCCAGCAACUUCGAGGGUAGUUUUUACAAUUUACUCCAUUAAGCAUUGCAUUCGAGGUAGUACGUCCAGAUUUACAAUCGCGAGCCAUGUGCCCUUUUUUACCGCAAUUGUAGCACUUGAAAUCUGGUUUUCGUUUUUCCGAAUUCUUCUUUUUCCCUUUUGUUAAAAAAGCUUGUUCUUUGUGGCCUUCUGUGUAGACUUUAUUUGCCCUUCUUUCAUAUUCCUCCAUUAACUUGUUUUUCAGGGCCUCCAAUGUUGGCAAAGAAUCCCUGGAUUCCAUUGCGAUUACGAAGUUUUCAUAAUCUUCGGACAAACUAUCCAAUAGGAUAAUCGACAAGAGUUCUUGGCUUAUAUUCACCUCAAUUUCAGCUAAUUUUUCGACUACAUUAUUGAAAUUGGAUUGAUGUUCCGCCAUAGUUUGAUUUUCGGUCAUCUUUGUCGCUAAUAACUUGCGGCUGGUCCUUUGGGUUGAAAUUUCUUUUCCAAUGUUAGCCAUGCGUCUCUCGAAGUUGGACAAUUUUUAACCAAAUUCAAUUGCGACCUUUUCAUACUUAACAGGAUUGAUGACAACGCCUUCUGGUCCUUAUUUUCCCAGAUUGUUCGUCCGGCAUCAUCGGUUGGUUUUACUGCGGCUCCACUUACGUAAUCCCAUAAAUCCGCAUGAAUUAAAACAGACCGCAUAUGGAUUUUCCAUCCAUCAUAAUUCGCUUCUUCAAGCUUUUCUAUUUGAAAAAUCGACGACAUUUUAAACGAUUUUCCUUUCCAACAAAUGUUUUUAUUUUCUAUAUUUGCAAUUCACUUCGCGAUUUUUUAUUAAUCCUUUGAUUCUGGGCCCAUAACCUUUGUUAAGGAUAUCCAAGAAUCGAUAAAAAAAACGCAGAAUAUACAAAAUAUUUGAACACGUCUUUAUUGAAUAGGCUUUACGAAGAGAAUGAAAAAAUCUGUAUUAUAUUCAAUAUACAUACAUAUUUUUUUCUACAAUGAAUGCAAAGCCUACAUAUAGGAAAUAUUAUUUUAAUAAACAAAGUUUUUCAUUAGCAAGUAAUUUCAACAGAGCUUUAUCAGGUUUUGCACCAAUUGGAACCACAUACUUCGUUGAUAUGUUGGAGGUCACAGGAAAUAUAAAAAUUGCGCCCUCUAGAGGCUCAGAAAGUAUAUUCGGCAGAUCGGAUUAUAUGGAUGUCAUAUCAAGUUCUGAAAUGAUUAAAAGCGUACUAAGUACAACUGUUGGAGGUCACAGAAAAAGUUGUCAUGUCGUUUUCAGCCAAUUCGGGUAAAAAUUGAGCCCUCUAGACGCUCAAGAAGUAUAUUCAGGAGAUCGGUUUAUAUCUGUUGUAGAUCUAGUUUGUAAAUCAGUUGGAGGUCGUAGGAAAAGCCAUCGUUCAGAAUUUAAAAAAUCAGAUAAGAAAUGCGCUCUCUAAAGGCUCAUGAAGUUUAUACGGGAGAUUGGUUUAUAUGAGAGCUAUAUCAGGUUUUGACCCCAUUGGUGUCAUAUUUUGUAGAUCUGUUGGAGGUCAUUCAAAAAGUUAUUCUGCAAAAUUUCAGCCAAAUCGUAUAAAAAUUUCGCUUUAGAGGCUCAAGAAGUAUAAAGGGGAGAUCGGUUUAUAUGUGAGCUAUAACUAAACGUGGACCGAUUUGGCCCAUUUACAAUCUCAACCGACCAUUUUGGCUGAAUUAUUUUAAUUUUUUACAUCAGAUCCCUAUUCUACUUCAAAAUAAGUUUCAUUUGAUACCCAUUUUCUCCCAAUCGGUAAACAUAUCCGUUCUGGGUCUGGCUCUUCCUCUCUGUUGCUGGCAGUGAUGACAAUAAUUUAUCAGCAAAAGGCGUACCGAAAAUAGUAAAAAAGUAAAAAAGAGUAAAAUGUUGUGUAAAAAAGAGUAAAACAGCACUAACUUCGAAUUCCAGCCUGUGUGGUGCCCACAGCUAUCCCGUGCCGCUCUUCUUCUUUCGUUUUACCGCCCUGUCCCAUACUAUUAUAGUAGUACAGGGCAAAUGCAAGAGAUCUGAAUCGGAUAUCUGCCACCAAAUCUUUAGCCAUAUUGUAUGUAGUCAUGAGGUCGGUAUAAAGCUGAAUGUAGUGGUAGAUGAAGAGACGAUUCCGACCCUCAAGUGUCCCAAAAUACUUAGUGUCACAUUUAAAAGCUCUUACAAUUUCUCCUCACAUGCCACUGCAAUCUGCGAUAAGGUCAAAAAUAGAAACAAGGUCCUCAAGUUACUUGCCGGCCGCACUUGGGGUGCUGAAAAAGAAACCUUGGCGACCACGUACAAAGCAAUUGGCCGGUCUGUGGUAGGUUUUACAGUGCCAGUGUGGUCUCGUCAGCUAUGUGACAAAGGUUAGGUUGAAAAGAGGGUGCGGAUAUUAAUCCGUCCCAUGCCACUGUGAACAUACGCCUAAGCCAAUAAUCGGCUUGUUGGGCGCUCUAGAUACUAAAAAGUAGCCUCGAAAAAGAAAAUUAACGUCACUGCUUCAAAUUUCAGGAAAAGGGGCGUAAUUCUGAUAUUGACUGUAACUGGUACGAACGUUUAGGGAUCGCUUCCAUAUUUUAUUGGAAUAGAAAAUGAGGCUUUUGUGCGUUCAAUGCCUUCAAUCGAAAAACAGGGCAAUAUGGAUACAGUCCAGUACAAUAUGGUCCAUACUCAGAUGUUGAAGGGUCCAUGCAACUCACUGUAACGGCGAAAAUGGGUAGAGAAAGUGAAUUUCUGAGCUUUAACUAUUAAAUCGCGAGAUCACUGUAUUUCCAUUCGGCAACUUUUAUGAACAUAAGAUUUCUAAGCGGGAGAUCGGUAUAAGGGAUGCUAUAUCAAGAUAUAGGCCAUCUCAGAGCUUAAGGCUGUAGAGUGUUUCCAACAAACAAACGGACGGAUCGAAUCUGGAUCGUCUAUAAGUAUAACAACGAUCUAGUAUGUGUACUUUGUAGGGUUGAGAAUGUAUAAUUUGAUGUGUGGCAAAUGGAAUUGCAAAAUGGCUUACACUUCGGUGGUGGUUACCGCAUUUUUAGCUUGCCGAACUUUUGGUAGGUUUUGGUCGGGUUUGGUAGGAUUUUUCUUUAAUUUUGGUAGGAAAUAAUUUUCUUGAGUGGCAACACUGGUUACCAUCUAUAAUCGACCCAUAAGAUAUUUGUCUGUUCUGAAGACAUGAAAAUCACUGAAUUGUCGCAUCUCAAUUUCAUUAAAUCUUGAAAAGCCUUUAUGUAGCAUAGAGAGAGGUACGGUUGGCUUAAAAAAUGCGCUAUGGGUUUGACUUAUAAGACUCUCCUAACUUUACUCUCCAGAUAAACUUGUUCUCUGUUAUCAGAUGCAAAGUAUAUCAUAGCUAAUAGAUGAGAGGUCUCAGAAUUGGAUUCCCCCCCAAGUACCGUUUUACUAUGGUAUCUACCAAAGUAUAAACAUGUUUACUGUUUUAGUUUGGGGAUUUAAAGAGGGUUUAUAGGACAAAUUCAUAUAACAUUAUCAGAAUCUUUGUACAGAUUAAAAUUCAAUAUGCCCAAACAAUGUCUUAACUUUUCAUAGAGAACAGUACAACAUGAAACAGCUUUAAAAUAUUUUAGUUUCUUUUUUUAAUAUUUAAAAUUUAUUCUAAACGUAUGGCUACAACUACACACAAAAGAUGAACAAUGCAACUUUUUAUAGGAAUUUCUUAUUGAAUUUUUUAUUAAAUCAUAUCACCAGCUCAAUAUAUAUUAAUUGCAAACCAAUUAAUUUUUUAAUUGCAAUAAAAUAUAUACAAAAAAUCUCAAUAUAAAGUCAUAAAUGCCUGCCACAAGUAAACAAAAAAAAAACAGCAAAACCUAAAUCUUCACUAAAAAAAAAACAAAAAAAAAAACAUCAGCACUAUUACCUAGCAUAAAGUUAAUAUUUUAUUUUGUUCUCUCAUUUAAGAAAAUGUAUACUAAAAAGUUUUUGUUUCGUUUUAUAUAAGAAAAACCAAUGUAACGAAACGUUAACUCAGCCAUAAUUUCCCUCCCUCAAUAAGAAAAUUGAAAAAAAAAAACAAAACAAAA